CCAGUGCACAACAGGACAUAGCCAGCGAGGGCCCCCUGUCCCUUGCGGCCCCGGGGAUUUCUGAACAAAGAAACUUCCAGGAUGGGCAACAGUCUGAAGGCGAUUGUGGCUUUUGUGCCUUCCAACGAGUGCCAGAAGUACCUCCUGGAAGACCUAGAAGAGAUGCCAGUGGAUAAAAUGGUGGACCUGAGCGGCCGGCAGCUGAGGAGGCUACCUCUGCACAUUUGCUCUUUUAGAGAACUGGUCAAGCUAUACCUGAGUGACAACAACCUGAACCAUCUCCCCCCUGAGCUGGAGCAGCUGCAAAACCUGCAGAUCCUGGCACUGGACUUCAACAACUUCAAAGCGCUGCCCCUGGUCGUGUGCACACUGAAGCAGCUGUGCAUCCUCUACUUGGGCAACAACAAGCUCUGCAACCUGCCCCUUGAGCUCCGGCUCUUGCAGAACCUCAAGACCCUCUGGAUCGAGUCCAACUGCCUGCAAUACCUGCCCAAGGUUGUGUGUGAGCUCAGCCUCCUCAAGACCCUGCAUGCCGGCUCCAACGCGCUGCGUGCGCUCCCCAGCCAGCUGCGGUGCCUGCAGGAGCUGCGCACCAUCUGGCUCUCGGGCAACCUGCUAUCUGAGUUCCCCCCCGUGCUCCUGCACAUGCCUUUUCUGGAAGUGAUCGAUGUGGAUCGCAAUGCCAUCCGGUACUUCCCCAGCCUGGCUCACCUCCCCAGCCUGAAGCUGGUGAUCUAUGACCACAACCCCUGCCGCAACGCCCCCAAAGUGGCCAAAGGGGUGCGCAGGGUGGGGAGAUGGUCAGAAGAGAGUCCGGAGCCUCGCAAGCGGUCCGGGGCACUGGUAGACAUCGCGCCCGAGGACAUACCGCUGCCGCCUCCCACUGACAAGUCCAACCUGGAGACGGAGCCUUGCUGAACUGUCGACAGAGGGGGCAACGCACCCACAACGCUGCCCAAACUUCUGCUCCCUUGCUUGUAUCUGGAGAGCAAUAUGCUGCCUGGCUAGUCUGCAGGGUAGGUGCAAAGAGCUAGCUAACAGCAAAACUCUCUUUUACAGACACCCCUUACGGCACAGCACCCAGCACUCUUUCUGUAGAGCCACGACUUGCUCCCUUUGCUCCCUCCUGCCAUGUGGGGACCACUGAGAUGAGGAUCCCAUUUCAGUUUUCCCCAGCGUUUGGGGUGGACUGUACAGACCCCAUCCAGACUUGCUUUUCUUCACCAGAAGUAGCCCACGGACUCGCUCUUCCUCCCCCACCUUGCCAAGGUGCCUGAGUGCAGCUGGAAGCCACUAGCGAAGGCAACUCUGAAGUGCAGAAUACACUGCUGAGGUCCAGCUUUAACCCACAGCAUACGUCUCAAGGGACUUCAGUUUGAAAAGCAGCAGCAGAAAUAACUGCACAAAGGUUUCUCUUCCAACCGCGCAGGAAGUGCUUGUGGAGCCCUGGCUGACCUACUCAGAGAACAGCAUACACCAGCAAGCUCUCUUCUUACAGCUGCUAUCUUCUUUCCAGAAAAUUUGUGACCGCUAUUGUUUCAUUAUCACCACAUAAUAUUUAAAAUGAUUAUGAGGAAAGCUAGAGGCUCUUUUGCUAGUAUUUAUAUAACCACUAACAAUGCCUGUAAGGACAGCUAUACAUGCCCAAAUUCCAUACAGUAGCAAAGAUGAAAAUCAAAAGCUGACUGAAUUGGAAAAAAUGCAAGAGUUGUAAGGGUAAACUUGCAUGAAUAACACCUAAGACUGGGAGCCUGCUCCCACAAACUGCACAGGAGAGUUCAGCCAAUCUUUACUUACUUGAUUUCUUCAGCAGGGUAUUUCUCUGGCUAACAAAACUGAGAUGUGUUUGAAUUUCCUUGGAAAGGCACAGAGCAUGUUUAUACCCUGUAUGUUUGAGUAGUAUAAAAUAGUAAUUUGGCUCAAAAUUACUUGAUAUUUUUAGGUUUUCAUUCUAUGGUACUGUGCAUUCAACUUUUUAAAAAAGCUUUUACUGAGGGAAGGGAGCCUUUAGAGGAGCAGAACAGCCUCUUUUCUCUUUCCCUCAUUUGGCAAGGGGAACUUCCUUACCACCACAGGAUGCAAAGGUGACAGCUGACUUCCCAUAAAAGGUUUGAUUCAGUGCCUGCUUGUGACUGCUUAAUGUCAUUUACAUUCUCUGAAAAAUUAUCUUGAAAUAUAUAGACUGUUAGCACUUGCUGUCUUUUUAAGUGAAGUCUGAAUUUGGAUCUGGCUGGCACCCAUGUAAUGUACUCACUGUUCAUUAGAUUGUACUAGUCUUGCUGAGUUUAACUAUCUUUAGAAUUUACCAAGUCACCUCUUUUUCAUUUCUUUACCUAAUCCUGUUCCAACAAAGUAAUUCUUUCAACAAAGGAAAAUUAUUCAACAUGAUAAGAGUUUUGGUUUUUUUAAACAAAUUUCAGUGUUUCUUUUCCUGAAGAACAGACAUGGUAAUCUUACUUAUCUUGGAGGUGAGGAAAGAAUGUGCUUUCACCUGCUUUUUAAUAGUUUAUAUUUAAUGCAAUACUUUUAGACAGUCUUGUCAUUUUUGGUAGUUUGAAGAGAGCCUAUUUGGAGUUCAGAAGUGUAUUUCAUACGCUGAUUCUCUUCAUUUCAGGAAGCCUAAGGGAAAAAAUGAUUACAUAGAUACUUUCUUGAUUUGAAAUAAAUCUUCCUGCUUCAGCAGCCUUCCCGCUAUUCAUCAAGAUGCUGCCUGACACUUGGAACAGCCGGACAGGUCAUAUUGCCCGGCUGGCCCCUCUCUACAUGCUACCAUACGGACAGGGGCGCCUCCGCUUGCUGCUGUUUACAACUGUCACUGAGAAGCUACAUGAAAACUGCAGCAGAAAUCAAGAGUCUCGUAAUGACUCGAGCAUAAAGAAAUUAUACCAGUUAAGAGACAUGUUGCCUGUAGCAGCUCCUGGAAUGAGAAUACAAAGAGGCUACAACAGAAAUGGAGAACUAUCAUAGUAUGUUUGAUGAGACAAAAAAAAAAAAAAGAAAGAAAGAAAGAAAAAAAGAAAAAGAGAGAUGGGGGAUGCAGUGCAGUCUAGCACAAUUUCCACUAACUUCCCUUCUAUCAUAGUAAUAGAUAUUUAUAAAGACAGCUUGUCAGAGUCCAGUAUCUAACAGACUGCACUGGAAACAAACACAUGGACUUCUUUGGUCAAUCCAUGACACCGCUAUUUUUCCCAAGCUGUACCUUCCUCUCAAAACCCCUCAGUAGAACUCCUGUCUCCUUAAAUAUACUAAUUCAUGAUGCAGAAAGCUUUAAAGUCACUUGAGUUCUGAACACUGACUAAUGUCCAUCUUCAGCUUAUCUUUCCUCCAUCAUCAAACAAGGGGUAAUACUUUAGUAUCACUACAAAAGGAUAAUAUCUAACUUUCUAGAGCCUAGUUCCGGGAUCCCAGCUCAAAACCCAUACAGCCAGGACUGGAACAAGCCACAUACACAAAAUGAACCACAUCUGUGAAAAUUAACACAAAACAGGCAAAUACAAAAGCACGUAUUUUAACUUGAGAAGACAUCAUUUGUAGUGAGCUGCCUGAUCACCGUUUGAAAUAUCUCAAGACUGAGGAUAUGCACUGUCAUUUCUUUAAUGAAAUUACACUUCCACACAAAGACAAAUACAACUUUGAUGAAUCUGAUUUUAUUUCAGUGUAUUUUAAGUGGAACCUGGAAAGGAACAAAAGAAACAGGGUUGUAUAAACCCAUGUUUUAUUUGAAAGUGAAUCCUCCCCACAACACAAACUGAAAUAAGUUAAAACCAACAGGAAACUUUCAUUUCAUGCUACUGAUGGAGAUGCUCAUCUUAAGCUUCUGUUCCAUAGCCUAACAAGAACUAGAACAUUUAAAAAAAUUACUAAGUGAGAUCUGGUCCACACAUCAUCAGGCACUGAAGAAAAUUUAACAUGGGCGAUGGUCUGGGACACGUUUUCUAGAGAGGAAAAAAAAAUAAUCAAAAUGUUUUCCCCCACUGAUGUCCACCUGUCAUUUCCUCCCACUUAUUUUUAUUUUUUUAGUUCAUAUUUUAGGUUCAAUGGCGGGUUUCUCUCACACCACAAAAGGCAGGAUUAUCUCAAAGCUAUACAUCAGCUCUGACCAUGGUUAAAAAAAAUCAUGAUUGAAAAACCAGUGAAAACUAUCUUGUAGCAGGCAAUCAUGGGAUAACCUGCCCACAAGUGGAAUUUCUUCACAACCUGAUUUAUAACAAAUAGAUUUUUAUUUUAGCUGCAGAACGACUUCAGAAGCAGCUAGGCAUUUAACUACCACCACUUUAAAAAGAAACAAAAGGACCAAAAAAAAAAAAGAGUGACACUUUACAUUUUGCUCAUCCAGAAUUCAUUUUGCAGAUACUUGGGUAGUAUGUAUGGCACAUGAGUAGCUGGUGACUGAAGAUUAAGUAGAUAUGGCUUGGGCAUACUAAUUUAAACAUGCUACUGGCUGUAGGCCUGUUCAUACUGUUAAUGCAUAACACAAAACAAUCAUAUAAAAUGAGUGUUAGCAUGUUAGAUACCAGUAUUCACUUCAAAUAAAGUAUUUUUAAACAAAA